AUGAUGAUUCCGGUCAUAACUCUCGCAGCUGAAACUACAAAACCAGGCACAAAAGACUCUGCUUCAGUUUUCAAAGCGCUGAAAGAUGCAUUUGAUCUUCCGGAGGAAGCCAAGAAGAAGAACGUUUAUGAUAGUCCUUUCUACGGGUACCGAGCCGGGCCGCUUAUUGAAAUGCUUGGGGUCUUUGAUGCAACCCAUGAUGUUGAACCAAUCCAAAGCUUCACAAACUUGAUGUGGCCCUCUCGAAACCAGAGUUUCUGUGAAAUAAUGUAUCAUUUCGCCAAGAAAUUCUCAGAACUAGAUCGAAUUGUGACCAGAAUGAUACAUGAGAGUUAUGGAUUGGACAAAUACUUUGAUCGUGAUUGUGGUAUUGAAUCAUUUGCGCACUUGUUGAGAAUGAUCAAUUAUCGUGUGCCCUAA